ACACCGACGUCAGUGACGUCCCGACAGUGUUCCGUAACUGCUUACACAUAGCCAUUCAGAACAACUCCAUCGACGUACUCAAAGUCCUGCUAAAGUAUGGGGUGGACUCUAACGAGCCCGGUCACAACUUGCUGGGCACCAGUCGCAGACCAAGCAGUGCGAUCGAAGCUGGCAACAAUAACACUCGCCAAGAGGCCAGGCUCGUCGUAGGAAGUACCAGCUUUGAUGACAGUCGCGAUUGUGUCUUUGUGCCUGUGCAUGCAAAUCUGAGUCCACAUCGUCAACACUGCCCUUGGCAGAUCAGCCAAAAUACCACAACAGUGUCGGCGGCGGUGGAUUCAGUCAGCAGCGCGAGCCACGUGCCGCGGGGUUUACAACAUGACCGACUGCCUGAAAUCAUUGAGUCUUCUGCAGAGGGAGAGUUCGAUUUUGCGAGAAUUUAUAGCGCAGAAGAGUUGUACAGCUUACCACCUCUGUACAUAGCGGUAGUAGAGGGUAAGCCUCAUGCGCUCCAUCUCCUGUUAAGAUACGGAGCUUUACCUAAUGUUCAAGACAGGUAUGGAUGUACACCUCUACAUGUUGCCUGCUGUUCGGAGUUCUUUAACUGGGACUGUGCCUAUUACCUUAUAAAAUACGGAGGUAAAAUAAGAAUUAAAAACCACUUGGGUAUAUGUCCCCUCAGCUUGUGGCCUGAACUGCUCCACGAGCAACAAUCACUGGUAAAAAACGCCUUGUCGUUGAAACCAUCCCCCCGCAGCCAUGGCAGACGGUUGACGGGCUCGGUGGGCCAUGCAAGUCAGCGGUCAGAGAGCAUCUCGCGCUUCUUUAAGAGAUUAGGAACCGAUAGCAGAUCUAAACCCAGGGAGAAACGAGUUACCAAAGAUGCCCAUUCCGAUGGAGAUAUGAGAGAGAGGGCCUCUUCAGGAGGCUCUUUCAAAAGUGUACGAAGUAGACACCAGGCCUCGUGUGUAGCAGACGACAACGACAGUGAUACAUCUUUGGAGUACUUGGGCCACGCAGAAAGGACAGGAAGUCGCAGCAAAAUGAGCCUUCGCAGAGGAGAGCGCUCCAAGCAAAGGGGAAGCUACUCGCUCGAGCCAGGUGAAAAGACAAGCGUUGAGGAUGCGGAGAGGUCGUUGACCACGUUGGUGAAGCUUGCCAGCAACUGGGAGUGUGUACCGGCGAUGUUGGACGGCCUCGCAGUCUACAUGCGCAACAUCCUCGUCAUCAUUGAUCAGGCAGAAUGUCCCGGUGUGGAGAAGGUCAUCAAUGAACUCUUCAAUCAGAUCGUACAGUCUUGCUACGAGCAGCUCCAACAUGCCAACACCCCAGAAGACAAACAUUCCAUCUUCCUGGAACUUUCCAAGCUCCUUAACACAUCACUAGAACUCCUGAAAGGUCGCCAGUCAUUACAUUUCACUUCCCUCAGUACCAUCAAUGGAAUAAUCGACAUGUGUAUUGUGCAUAAAAACUAUGAGUAUGGUUCUAUGAGCAGGAGCAUAGAGUGUGUGGCAGCGCCUCUGGAGGUUCUUCAAAAGGGGACACCCAAACGCAAAGACCAUGGUGCUUCUACAUCCCCUCCCACUGAGGAGACUACAACAACUACUACGACGACGACGCAGUCUGCCUUACACCGCAUUUCCUCUCUACACAAACGACGUGCCAGCGUCCCCCACGAAGCUCAUGCUGACAAACAUACGGACGAGGAGGACAGUAAAACCACUGCCGUCUUCAUAAACCGAACUCCUCUGGAAAUACUCAUGUGUCUGGAUCCCAGCCUGGUGCUCACUGUGCUUCAGAAUAGUAUAUCCAUGCACAAGGUGAUCAUAGGUAACCGGCAAAAGUGUACGCCGAGUGUUCGCUGGCGUCACUGUACGCAUCACUGUCUCCAGAUUCUUAGUGCACGUGUACUCACGGUCAUGUGCCACGGGUCACACGUGCAGAGCAAGUUGGUUGCAGAUGGGCAUGUCAAAACCAUGGUGGAUGCUUUGGAUCCAAACCACGACCCUCACCUUCUUUGCCUUCUGCUACAAGCGCUGGCUUGUAUUGCCCUCAACCCCCUCAACCAUCAAGCCCUCAACGAUGCUGAAGUUGCAGACAUGUUGAUGCAGCUGCUCCUUCCAUCAGAUGAAUGGUACUACACCAACCACAGCACAAAGUAUGCCAAGUUUGUCAAGUACCAUGCAGCCCGGAUCCUGGUGUACAUGGGACUUCUCCACAAGCUGGGAGGAAGGGUCGACCUUUUUGACAGGCGACCUUUCGUUGAGCUGACGACCAAUUCCUUGCUGCAAGUACACUCCCCUGAAGACAGUUUCAUCGAGCUCAUGGCUAUGGGCCGAAUUAUGAUGUGGAGUACCAACCAUCACCUCCAGGCUGCAUCACUGGAGGGGCUCGUGUCAGAGGUUAUACAGGAAGCCAUGAGUGAGGAACGUGACUGUGGACAAGGGGCACAACUCUCCAACUCUCUGCCCAGUGUGUACUCACUGUCGGAGAGGGAGUCAGUCAGCUCUCACCAGAUCUUCUCCCCUCUCGCAUCACCCUCCUGUUCCAUGGAGUUUCUGCAGGACAUGUACCAUAAGCCGUUCAGGGACUAUCUUCUAGCAGCCCUCCCUGUGCUGGUUCAUCCUAUCAUUGUCCUCCGACUAUUAGCUCACAAACUAUUCGGGAACAUGAUCCGGCGGAAGACAUUGUACAGUGACACAAAACUCAAACCGCCAAAGGUGGACAAAGUUGAUAUAUGUCCACCUCGAAAACGAGACGAAGAACCUUUGGAGGAAUGUGAUUCCUUGUCGAAACGGAGGAAAGCUAACCUCCAUGUUGUGAUAACAGACCCACCAGAGGAACCUGAGAGUGCUCCUCCCAUUGUCAAAGUCUCCAGUAUAACACAAGACAAAGAUCAAAAUAAUAAGGGAACUAAUAACCAUGUGCCAAGUAAAAACGGAACAACCAAACUUGCCCUACGUGCAAUAGGAGAGAGUUUGGUGACACCCCUUGAUCUCAACAUAGUGCCCGCCCCCCAGAACCCAGAACCAAGCACAGUAGUGGAGAUGCCUGAUUCUGGUGGGGAUCCCAAGACUUCCAGGAAACUCUUCCGGUGGCCCAGCAAGCGGGUGUUGUCCAAACCUCAGGCCAGUGUGUCUCUGCCCCGCAGGGACAGCGUCUCCAGUGACCUCAGUCAGUUGAGUCAGAAAGAUUCCAACAGCUCUUCCGCACCAGAUAUGGAUCUUGUUGCUCUCCAGCGAGAACUCACCAACCUGCCAACAUUUGUAAUGGACACUCCACCAGUGGAUGUAUCACCAGUGUUUUCUAGAUCCAGCUCAGUGCCUGAAAAUCUUGCACACCGAACGAGGUCAUCUCCAUUAAAUGGCUCUGCUGGGUACCUGGCAUCAGUGAGUGGCCUAGAGGGGGAAGAGAGUCACAGUUUGGUGAAAUCAGGUCUAAUGACCCCCGGGCCUUGCUCCACAGAACACAUCUACGAUACAGGGUCCCUCGUUACCAUCAUGACAACCGACAUGGAUAAUCUUCCUGUUACAACCAGUGGUCCUGAGCAGGACAAUGAUUCAAUCACGGAUAUACCAAAUAUUAAAGUUCAUUUUGAAACCCCCUCUUCUCCCCAGCCUUCCUCCGCUAGCCAAAGUCCCCAACACUUUGAAUACCCCUCCCCUCCUCACUCCUCAGGGUUUGCUAAUCAUCUCUCCCCUCAUUUAGAACAAACAGGUCACGCUGCUCAGCACUAUCUAUUCCCUUCCACCCCAACCCAGACAUCCACCCCCAGCCCCGCCCCGUCGGAACGCACCCACUCCUCUGCAGGGACGGUCAAGUCUGUCUCCCCUAUCUCCACCACCCCCAUUUGUGAGAUACCCCUCAACCACAGGGGUAUACUGAAGGUGAUCGAAACAUGGAUAGAAAUAUGUCAUUCCGACCUGGAUGGUAGUUCCAUGUUGGCUCUGGAGACUCGGGAGUUCCUCAAGAAGUUGUCGGUGCUGGGGUAUGAGUACAAAGCAUGGUGCCAGCUGAUGGGGAACAAGCUGCAACUGGAGGACAGAAAGAACGCCACAAAGAGUAUGGAGGUGCUUGAUGAUCCAUCCAGCAUGCAUGCGCAGUACAAGAAGCUACAACAGCUGGUUGUGAGCGGGGAUUUGCCAUGUGCCAAGGAAGAAGCAGCAACUCUUGCCGGGAUACAGCUGCAUAUUGAGGAGGCGUGGCCAGAAGAGGGCCAGUUGACCAAUCACACACACAGCUGGGAACACGUGUCACCAAUCGAGAAAAUCUCCAACCAUGAAAAACUUUUCAAAGUCACAAAUGUUUCACAGCAGGAAAAUUUAAAACGGAAAAAAGAACUGAUUCGUUCAAAUCAAGCUCAGCGCAUCACCAGUACGCGCAGGAAAGGCAAGCUUGUGCGGAGUUUAAUGUGUACGAGUGACAAUGAAAUAGAAGGUUGCGAACAGAUCGAUCUCUCCAACUUCCUCCCUCCUCACUAUACAACAUCCAAGAAGGUUCGAGAACUUAUCAAGGAGAAGAAUAAGAAGCUAUGGCACACUCCGUACUACGAGAAUGAACUAAAACUGAAGCAGCUGUACAUAAAGAUUUGUAAGAAGCUGCCAAGUUAUGGAUGCAAAAUCUUUCAGGUGAAGGAAAUACUCAGAGGAAACACACAGAAAAAGAUACCCAGGUUAUUAGGCAUUGCCAGUGAGAAGAUAGUGUUACUGGACAAUAAAACCAAACUCCUAAGCCAAAUCACAAAACAUUAAGUAACUUGGAGGAUUGGCUGUCUGGCACACAGGAAAGCCCAUGAUGGCCUGGUCUUGGAGUUUAGGGGGUCAAAACCAUGGACGCUUGUGAUGCCCACACUAGACAAUCUUAAGUCAGUAACAGCAGCCAUUUGGCAGGCGCUAGAUAUGGAUGGACGAUUCCUUAAUAAUGGCACGCUCAGGAGGGAUAGUUUCGAGUUCGAUUUCCACCGACGACAGCUGUCGAUGCAGACGGAGAUGAGGAGUGGGACACAGUACGCCACAGAGCUGGAGCAGCUUCAGAAGAUGCUUCACUUCCCCGAGGAAGUCGCCAUGAUGCUGACAGACUCCGAACACAGCCUCUUCACCAGCAUUCCUUCCGCGCAGUAUGUGCGACAGGUCUCAAUUGACCUCUCAAGGUCACCCACUCACAGGAAGCACCCAUGCGUGGAAGAUCUUAUACAGAGGUUUAAUGAGGUGACGACGUGGAUCACCCAGAUCAUCAUCACACAGGCCACCCAUGAGGACAGGAAGGCUGUGUUGUCUUGUAUCCUGAGACUGGCUGUCUACUGCUUCGUCCUCGGCAACUUCAACUCCGCAGUCGAGAUACUGGCAGGACUCAGAUCUGAGAAGUUGAAACCUUUCUGGUUGUCAAUAUCAGAAGAGAAUCUGUCCACCUUAAGCUCCUUGACUGAGGUCCUGCUCACAAGAGAUCCUUCUCCAGAAUACAGGGAGGCCGUCAGUAGAGCCUUAGAUAUCCAAGAAUGCAAAGUGGUUCCGUUUUUCGGUGGAUUCUUACGUGAUCUCAAGGCAAUAUUUGCCGGCGUUCCAAGUCUAAUUGUGCUUCCAUCGGAAGAAAAUCAAAACUUAGAGUUUGUGUCCGACUACAAUGGGGAGGACCGCUUCAUGACACGAAUCGGCGUGGGUGGCCUUAUCAACAUGGACAAGCUGAAACAAGCUCACAUCGUCCUGAACGACAUCCUCCUGUUCCACCACCAUGCAGACCACCAGAGGGCGCUCAUACAGAAACUGGAAGAUAUGGAACAAGAUGAGAACAGGAACCAUGUGCGAUCUGAAGAUGAUGACAGUGAUAGUGACUAUGACCUUGACCUUGACAGCUACCAACCUAUUCGACCUCUGUACAGUGACCAUGAGGUCAUGAUCAUCACCCCCAAGGUGGCAUGUCUGAACCAUCAUUGGCUACAGUGCAUGAACCAUGGGACAACAAUGGUGAGAUGGGAGGAGGACGGUGGUCGCUCGUGCAUGUGCUACCUCCGACUCGAGAUUGACAAUGCCACAUUAACCUGGCGGAAACCAUCAUGGAGUGCGCUACGUGCUGGCAACACCACGCCAGAUUAUGUGUUGAAGGGUGAAGUGGAGAGCAAUGGGUCGCAAAUCCUAUGUGCUCGCCACACAACGGGCGAGGAAGUCUGUGAUAACCUAGAGGAAGGCUAUAUUGAUGUGACUGUCAUCAAGGAAGUGUAUUUCGACAAUGAAACUGUUGAUCUUGCUGCUGUGUCCAAGCGCCAUGGGUUGGAGGAUAUUAGUCAUGAGCACAACUGUAUUACCAUUCUGUAUGGAACCUACCUGUCAGAGAACCGCAAGUUGUGGUUCAUUGCGCCUGCACAUACUGCCAAGAUCUGGUACCAUGGUCUCAAGUGUCUGGUACGGGCAUCCCACAAACUACAGUACCAGACAGACAAGAAGCUGCAGUGGUUGAAACAGCAGUACCUGCAGUUGUACUAUGACUCUGAGAAGUGUCAGGGACCAACACCUGCUGAAGCCAUCAAGCCUAAUGUGGCAUCAGAUUCAGACUAUGGAUGA